AUGAGCUUCUGCAUGCAUGAGCUGGAGGGCUCGCCGGAGUCACCGCCGGAGUCGCCGGUGCAGAAGUGGAAGUACAUGGAUGAGAUAAUGGCGAAGGCGCGCUACACGGUGGUGGAACGCGAGGACUAUGAUGAUCUUGUCUGUGACCAAUGCGGGUCCGACGACCGGCCGGACGAGUUACUGCUCUGUGACAAAUGCGACAAAGGCUUUCACAUGAAAUGCCUGAGUCCAAUCGUCAUCAGGGUUCCGAUUGGAUCAUGGCUUUGCCCUAAGUGCUCAAGGACGAAGAAGCCUAAGAGAUUGACAGAUAAUAGCAUAUUGAAAUUUUUCGGGAUUAAGAGGCGUGAUUUUGUUACAAAACGCAUAGCUCCUUCUCGGGAUGCUAGGAGGCGCCGGAGAUCUCGGCCUCUAGUUGCCCAGAAGAAAAAGAGGAUACUGUUACCAUUUAUUCCUUCAGAAGAUCCUGACCAGAGACUGAAACAAAUGGGUUCCCUUGCUUCUGCUUUAAAAGCCUUGCAUAUGGAAUACAUUGAUCACCUCACAUACAUGCCUGGAAUGGCUCCUGAAUCUGCUAAUGUCUCCAAUUUAGAAAUGGGUGUUGUCCAUCAGACUAUCACCAAGGAAGACACAAAGACCUUGGAAUACUGCAAAGAUAUGUGUACAAGAGGCGAAUGCCCUCCCUUAAUGGUUGUUUUCGAUUCACGUGAAGGCUAUACCGUGGAGGCUGAUAGCCCAAUCAAGGAUAUGACAUUUAUUGCUGAGUACACUGGUGAUGUGGAUUACAUUAAGAAUCGAGAAUCUGAUGAUGGUGACAGUAUGAUGACACUUCUUCUUUCAAGACAACAUUCUCAAGGUCUUGUUAUAUGUGCUGAUAAACGCGGAAACAUUGCUCGCUUUAUCAGUGGCAUCAACAAUCAUACUAAGGAAGGUAGGAAGAAGCAGAACUGUACAUGUGUAAGAUACAAUGUUAAUGGUCAAUUCCGGGUCUUUUUGGUUGCUAUUCGUGAUAUUGCCAAGGGGGAGAGGCUUUAUUAUAAUUAUAAUGGUUAUGAGAAUGCAUAUCCGACUCACAAUUUUGUCUAG